CUGAGUGCACACGCUACAGUUGCUAUCUUACUUAUCCCGCGUUAAUCGGCUGUAAUGAUAUUUUUAUCGAAAUUAGUCUAUAUAAGCAAUUCAAGUGGUAGUGUAAUUUACUCAGGUUAGUUCACGUCUGUCCCCUGGCCGAAGUAUAUUAAAUAAAGGAAUAUGGCUGUAUCUAUAUACAAUAAUAUUGUUUACGGGCUGGAGGAACGCCAAUUUCCAGCUCGCUUGUCGUACCCACAGUCUUUAUUUGACCAGCUGAAGAAGGGAGGAAAUAAAGACGCCUUAGGGGUCCCAGCGGAGCUAGAAAUCCUGCUGCCGCAGCACCCGGGCGUGACUGAAGCCGACGUGGUCGGCGCACCGCAUGAGAGCAUUAUAACAGCCAUAUCUCAUGAAGAUGUACGCGAAGCCUUAUCACCAUCACACCAGCAACAUGAAUCACUUUACACAGAUCUACAGCCAGGCUCCGGUGACCCUCCAGUUUACACUGAGCAUUGUAGUCCCGAGAAAAUCAAGAUGGAUACCCACGCAAAAUCUAGAACACUGCCAAUUGCUCAUUAUCUUUAUUAUAUUUUCCUUAUAUUAUUAUUAUCAACCCCCAAUGUACACUGCCGCCAGAUUGGAGAUUGGUCACAGUCUGCACUUGGUGUAACAUAUUCUCAGCCUAUACAGCUAUUAAGAACAGUUACAAUAACCAAUAGCCCUAAUAUGCGAAAUGUUAAUUUUCAUUACCCUAAUGGACCUGGUGGAACAAGAUCAGUUACAAUAACCAAUUGCCCUGACAUGUCCAAUGUUAAUUUUAUAUUUAAUGAUCAACCUGGUGCAAUUAUAACAAUUACAAUAACCAACUGCGCUAAUAUGUCAAACGUUGCAUUUAUUUUCAAUGCUGGAGCUGGUUCAAUAACAACAGUUACACUAACCAAUUGCCCUGAUAUGUCAAAUGUAACAUUUUUUUUCAAUGCUGCAGCUGGUGGAAUAGUAACAGUUACAAUAACCAAUCGCCCUAAUAUGUCAGGCGAGACAUUCAUUUACAACUAAAUUUGUCACAAAUAUGUAAAUAUCAAACUCGCAAAAUACCCUUAGUAUAUUAAACAACGCAUAUGUUCGAAGCUGACUUGAAUCCACCGCGACAAUAUGGAGCCUGCGUAAACAUCAGUACGUACACUCUUAUGUAUGAGAGGCUGCAAAAAUCAUUCAUACGCUUCUUUUUCCGUAAACUCCAUGGGUUACCUCCUGAACCACAAACUCACCAAAAUACUACUGAAAACACCUAGACAUCAACUACGUAAAAUAGUAAUAAUAACACACUUAACAAACACCUACACAAUAUGGGUAAAACAGACAGCCCCAUGUGCAGAGCGUGCAUGGAAGAAGAAGAAACAACAAAACAUAUUCUCCUAGACUGCAAACAGGUAGAAGUAUACAGGAACAAAUACCUAGGGAAUCCGUGCACACUAGGAGAGGCAAUUAGCAACCUGAAAACUUUGCUAGGCUUCGUGGAGGAGCUGGGGUGGUUAGAGUAGCGCUACCUCGUUUCACGCAAAAUAGGAACAAUGGUUGUCGAUUUGCGGAAAAUGCCCAGAAGCACUAACUAACUAACUAAUAUGUCUCACGCGACAUAUAUUUACAAUUAAAUUUGUCACGAGCCCGCGUAAACAUCAGUAUGCCCUACCCGGGUGUCAUGUACUGACUACAUCCAACUAACAUCUUCUGUAAUGCACAUGACUUUUAAUGUUGAAUAAAUGAAAUGAAGGUAUAA